AUGACCCCUGGACCAACAAGGUUGGCAUGUGCCAAUGCUGAAGACAUAAGAUCAACCUUUGAAUUAUUUUUCCCAGAUAAUAUUAAACGGAUUUUGAUUGAAAUGACCAAUUUAGAGGGGAAACGUGUGUUUGGUGCUACCUGGAAGAACCUGGACUGGACAGACUUACAGGCCUUUUUUGGUCUGUUGAUUCUGGCAGGCGUGUAUCGAUCCCACCAUGAGGCCAUGCAUAGUUUAUGGCACAGUGUAUCGGGGAGGGCAAUUUUUCGUGCUACCAUGUCACUGAAGACUUUUACCGAUUUGUCAAGGGUCUUCUGCUUUUAUAAAAGAGAUGAAGCGCUGGACCAAAAGAAACAUGACAAGCUGGCACCAGUAAGGAACAUCUGGUAUAAAUGGGUCCAACGACUGCGACUCUUAUACAAUCCAAGCCCAAACAUCACUGUGGACGAGUGCCUGAUCCGUUUCAGAGGUCGCUGUCCCUUCAAACAAUACAUGCCGAGUAAACCAGGCAAGUAUGGAAUUAAAAUCUGGGCGGCAUGCGAUGCCAGAUCGAGCUACGCGUGGAACCUGCAGAUCGACACUGGAAAAGCUGUCGACGGCAAGUCAGAAAAGAACCAGGGAAUGCAAGUGGUCUUGGACAUGACAGAUGGUCUAGAAGGACACACCAUCACGUGUGACAACUUCUUCACCUCGUACGCCCUCGGCCAGGAGCUGCUCCAAAGGAAAAUGACCAUGAUUGGAACCGUCAGAACAAACAAGCCUGAACUCCCACCUGCGCUCCUGUCAAUGAAGGACAGGGCACGAUUAUCAUCCAUGUUCGCCUUCACUGAUACGCACACUCUUGUGUCCUACUGUCCCAGAAAAAAGAAAAAUGUGCUUUUGAUGAGCACGCUUCACAGAGAUGACAAAGUAAGCGACAAAGAUCAGAAGGAGCCAGAGAUCAUCCUAGACUACAACCACACCAAAGGCGGAGUUGACAACCUUGACAAGCUUGUUGCCACUUACAGCUGCCAAAGGAAGACAUCUCAUUGGCCCAUGGUCAUUUUCUUAAACAUGUUGGACGUCUCUGCCUACAAUGCAUUUGUAUUGUGGACGGAGAUAAAUCCUUCAUGGUACAAAGGGAAAAGCAUUAAAAGGAGGGUCUUCCUGGAAGAACUAGGGGAAGCUCUGGUGACUCCCUUCAUGAAAAGACGGCAUUACUCUCCCCGCACGCCAGACUCUCAGAAUAUGGUGAUGGAAGCAAGAGCAUGUUCUUCUACAGCCAAAAAACCGGGCUCCUCCCCAGUAUCAAGCCACAGCAAGAGGAAAAAGUGUCAGGUCUGUGAGUCAAAGAAGGGCACAAAAACUAGUAUGAUGUGCAGUCAGUGUAACAUGUACAUUUGCAGGUCACAUGCUAUUAUAGCUUCUUACUGCUACGCAUGCAAGAAGGUUUAAACAAGACUUAGUCAUGGCUUAUGCGCUGUUUGUUACACAGUUUUUUAUAGUAGUUAUUUUCCUGCUGUUCUCUUUACUAACUUGUUUGCCAUUGCAAAUU